UCUAUAGCUUAAAGCUUUCCUCAGACUUUUAAAUGCUAAACUUUUUUGUAGUUAUUAAUGUCUUCUACAAGACUGUAGUACAUUGCUCAAUUGUCAAAAGUUUCCACAGCUUAUAAGGAUCUUUAUUAGUCUUUUCCACACCUUGAGAAUAUUAUACAACCUAUGUUCAUCAUAGUGGGAUUUUAAUGGUGAAAGAAUUUUUCAAAUUCUGUAGUUUUGGACCGUAUUCAAUUCAAAUAUCUCUUUAUAAUAUUAGUGAGCAGUGUUGGCCUAGUAGCUUCAGCGACUCUCAUCCCUAAGGUCGUAGAACCUCGGAUGUGUACUAAUGGACUUUCUAUGUGCGCAUUUAACAUUCGCUCGAACAAAGGAAAACAUCGCGAGGAAUCGUUCCUUAGACCCAACACGACGGCGUGUGUCAAGCACAGGUUGAUACUUGAUACUUACUUGCUGAUUGUUAAUGACCUAAAAAGGUUGUAGCGCUAUUGAUUUUUUUAAUGAUGUUUCUAUUCGGGAUUAAAAAUACAAUAUUUUGGCUUCACAUAUUAUUUAUUAUUUCUGCAGCGUACCCUAUACGCCUAUUAAUUGUAUAUCAGGAUUUAUCUUCUUUUGUUAAGUCAUUGCUCUAUCAAUAAAUAAACAAUUGCAAAUUUAAAGAAUUAACACGACGACAUUCUUAAAAUAGAAAACAGAUAGCGCUGUAACAAAUAAGAUUAUUAUAAAAAUUAUUGAUGUAUAAGUUCGAAAAUAACGUAUAUACUUAAAAUAGACAAGAAAAUGUGACAAAAUUUACACACAUUCACAUCAAAAAAACUAAAUAGAAGCUUAAACCUCAUUAAGAGCGUGAUAUACAAAAUUACGAUAAGUAGAAAGGUCGUUGUUAAUAAUCAAUAUUUCAUUAAUGUUGUAGGACAGUAUUAUUUUAACAGAUAAAUCUAUAAUUAUUUCAGCAAUAUAUUACAGUUUCAUUUAUAUACGACAAUUCAUUGUCCUAAAAGGACUUAAUUUUAUUUUUAAACUUGCUAUAAAUACUGUGUUCCAUGCUAAUUGGCAGAACUUGACACGACGACAUUCUACUAAUAUAAAACAGAUGGCACUGUAAUAAUUAAAAUUAUUAUUCAAAAUAAUAUAUUUAUUAUUUCAGCAACAUACCUAAUGUAGUUUCAUUUAUCAUAUUUAGGCAAAUACAUUGUCCUGUCGAAACUUAUUGCGUUUUUCAAACACUUUUAAAUUGCUAUGCCAAUAAAGAAAUAAUCCGUGCCAAUUAACGCACUAUACAAUACAAAAUAUGUAGCGUCUAUGUGUGUUAAGUUCCAUUAGCAAACCACAGAUGGCGAACACAUUGGCAAACCAAGAUUAUAAUUUAUAUAACUAUUUUUAUUAUGCAUAUGGCGCCAUCUAUUCUCGCAAUAGUUAACAUUCUCUAUAAGAACACAAGAUAAGCGAUGUUUGUCCAUUAUCCUCAUGACUGAAAAUUACGCCUUUUCUUUGCCUUUUUGAUUAAUUAAUUUAUUUAUUUCGUAAUCCUACAGCUCAAUGAUUAUUUAUAAUUAAAAUAAUAAAAUUUGACACACCACAUUUGAAUAUCCGUCAACGUAUGUAAUGAAAUAAUAAUACUUGGUUUGAUACUCGAUGCUAAAAUGACCUUUCAUAAACAUAUCUCCAAUAUUUGUAGGAAAGCAACAAAUAUUUACAAACAAUAUUAGCUAUACAUAUAUAGUUGGAUUAAAAUGAUUUUAUUCUUACCAAGUUACCAGUUAAUUGUUAGGUACUAUGUAGAGAUUUGUUAAAUGGCGUAAAAAGAACUUUAUAUUUAGUUAGUUAUAAACAGUAAAUCCUUCUCAAUAAAUAGAAAUAAAUAAAUAAAGUAUCACAGACCAAGCGGUUUGUGAUUGGCUUGCGUCUUCACGGAAAAUAUUGUUAGUGUUAUUUAUAUUAUAAUUAUUAAGUAUAUAUCAAGUAUAUCCAUAUAAACUAAGCAUAAAAAGAAAUAUUCAUUAUGAUACAUAUAGUAAUGUGUGUAAAGCAGUGUUAGCUUAGUGGCAUGCGAUAUUCAUCCCUGAGGUCGUAGGUUUGAUCCCCGGCUGUGCACCAAUGGACUUUCUUUCUAUUUGCGCAUUUAAUGUUGGCUCGAACGGUGAAGGAAAAUGUGAACCUGAGGAAACCGGCUUACUUUAGACCCAACAAGUCGAAGGCGUGUGUCAGUCACAGGAAGAUGAUGACAAAUGACCAUGAAACAUAUACAGAAUUAUGAGGCCCAGGCCUAAAAAAAGAUGGGAGCUACCUCCGCUGUACUCAAGUACAAACUAAACAAUGGAAGAGAUAUGCCAGGGAUCGCUCUGGGAUCGUAUUUGGGAUUUGACGAGCAAGGUAUAGUCCACUCUUCUAAUAAGCAACUUCGAGAUGUCAUUUUGCGAGCCAUAGAGCUGGGGUACCGCCAUUUUGAUUCCGCAUCCUUGUAUGAGACGGAGCCCGAAAUUGGCGAAGCGAUCCGUAUGAAGAUUGAAGAGGGGGAAAUAAGGAGAGAGGACGCUUUCGUUACCACUAAGUUGUGGGUCACACAGCACAGAAGAGAACAAGUUCCAGUAGCUUUGAAGUCCAGCUUGAAGAAUAUGGGUUUGGACUAUGUUGAUUUGUAUCUCAUGCACUGGCCUAUUGCUGUUAAUGAGGAUUACACCUAUGUUGAUGUGGAUUACAUGGAUACCUGGAAGGGGAUGGAAGAUGCACUAAACCAAGGACUGACUAAGGCCAUCGGGGUGUCCAAUUUCAAUAGGACCCAGCUGAUGCGAUUGCUAGAUGAAGGGAGUGUUAGACCUGCAGUUCUUCAGAUAGAAAACCACCCUCAAAUAACCGAACAGGAACUGGUCAAUUUCGCCCAGAAAGAAGGCAUUACCGUGAUGGGGUACUCACCCCUCGGUUCACUGGUUCCAAGAUACGGUAUGCAGUUACCUGGACCAAAGAUGGAUGACCCUAUUUUGGUGGAGAUUGCUAGGAAGUAUGGGAAGACUGUUCCUCAGGUUGUUUUGAGGUGGUUGGUUGACAGAAAACUCGUUCCCGUAACGAAAACUGUCAAAGUCCAGCGUCUGAAGGAGAACAUUGACAUUUUCGACUUUUCACUGACAGCGGAGGAAAUAGGAAAAAUCAACAAAUUCGACGAACACAAAAGAUUCACUAUUCCAUCUUUUUGGCAGGAUUACCCAAAUUAUCCAUUCGAGAAAAUCGAAAAUCCUGUUCAAAAUCCAUUUGUAGCAAUUAAAAGUAAAAAUUAAACUAAGUAACCGGGAAGCUUAUUGCAAAGAUACAUUGUACAUUAUAAAUAAUAUAAAAAAUAACAAUGAAGAGAAAUUGCGUUCAAGUCUUUGUCUAAAAUUCAGAAAGUCAAAGUUUUCAUAUGGCACUCAAUGUUCGCGCCAAGAAUCUGAGUCAAUUGUUAAACAUCCAAACAGUUGUCUAUGCAUCAUAUCUAUAGUUUGUAUAUUUAGUUAUUCAAUGUCUUACAUUAACCCUUGUUACGUUCCAUCUAUUUAAAUUAAAAAAAAUAUUUAACUAAUCGUAUAAAAUCUGUGUAAUUAUUUAAGGGCGUGAAAUAUUUAAAAAUUAUAGCCUAUAUAACUUUAUUUAUAGGGAUUAUGUUUAAAUACACUCUUUAGUGAAGCACUCAUCUAACAAUUCACUAUCCAAAAACAAUUUAACGGAAAGAGACAAAAGAGUGCGAUUAGACUUAUUCUAUAAAUAAAGUUUAUUAUCAAAUAACAAUAGCUAGUCGAUGCAGUUGCUAGUUAUUUUGUGCGCCAUUACAGAGCAACGCAGCUGUACAGAUUUCGACUUUUUAUACUUUGAAUGACAUCUCAUAAAAUGUUUUGAAUAUAUUAGUACAACAUCAACUGCAAAAGUUACUCAAAUAUAAGGGUAAUAAUUAGCAAUCUUUUGACAUUAUUUUAAAAAAAGCUCAAUUAUAAUAAUUGCUCUUUAAAUUGCAUUUUAUUAGGAUCUUACUGUAUCAAUUACAUUGUAAUAAUACUUAAAAUAUUUUAUAAAAAAGUAAAACAUUGCAUUCAAUAAAGUUUCCCAAAAUUUUAUAAUAUUUAUUUCCAUAUUUUAUUCCUUGUGAUGAUGUAGACGUGUAGCAGUGUUAAAAUUAAAACAUAAAAUAUAAUAGGUAUUAU